GCCGCGACUUCUAUUUGCACCCAAACAUUGUGCAUUCGUGAAUUAUCAUAAAAUUUGCAUUAAAUUUGUAGUGUUAUGCAAUGAAACUAGUGUUAGCUUGAAGUUCACUUUUUUCCCCUCAGAUGGUAAUAGUUUUCCACUUGUUCGCGUGAAUUUUGAAGCGUUAAAGUUGAUUCGUAUAAAAGCCGCAUCUUGCUGUGCAAAAAUAAAUCCAACAUGGCGCCCCUGCCGGAGGACGAAAUAACAUUGCGGCUGGAGUACUGGUCGGAUGAACUGAGCCCCGCCCAAAAGGCGGCCUAUGAGAAGGCGGAGAAAGAACACAACGAUGUUCGAAACAAGUUGAAGGACAUAGUGAAGGAAGCCGGUGGGAAGAAUAUCUUCGCCGGUGAAGUCUUCACUGCUUAUCAGGUUUUGGGACCGGUUCCAGGGUUGGAACAAAUUUCCAAACCUAUUACAUCGUUGCCGAAGAAAAAAAUUCCCCUCCCUGCGACCCCAUCCAGCUCUAAGCGAAGUGCUUCGCCUGUGGCUCAUCCUAGUAAGCGAAAAAGUCGUAUCUCGGAUUAUAAAUCGGAGGAAGCGGCUGAUACGACAGGUGGAGAUUUUGUUCCAGAUGACGACGAUGAGGAAUACAUUCCCCUGUCUAAACGAUUGGAAAUGAAACGCAAGGCAGCAAAGGAAGCCGCUGCUAAAGAUAAAGACAUCGCCAAGAAGAAGGACGUUAAAAGUCUGCCAGACAAAAAGGUUGAUCCGAAAAUACCUAAGAAACCGGAGAAACCCCAAAGCAUCAUGGCUAGCAAUGUACGCCCGACGGAAUCCACAUCGAUCGGGGGCUUGCUUGUUGGGGGUGAUAAAGAACGUAAGAAAAUUACAGCCGAACCGACCGCCAUCGUUGAUCUUACUAAAGAUGAUGCUGGAAAGCCGCUGGCGGAUUCUCGGGAAAUUUCCUUCAGUAAAAUUCAGGGUAAAACGUUUCCGUCGCUGGUGGUCAUCGCUAGACCGUCGCUUCGUUCAGCCGAGAAAAUUCCUGCCGAUCGUCCGCAGUUGGACGCGAAAGUUAAAAAUGUUCUUAUGCACACUGCUACCAAGUUUACUGAAUGGCUUAUCCAACAAGGUCUUGUAAAGUCGGAACAGUAUUGUCAGGUGCAUCGGGGAACGGCGCUCAAGCUAGGCAUGUACUCGGAUGCAUCGAAAUUUCCCUAUUCCGGUGGAUAUGUGUGGAUAAGCGAAUGUUGCCCAACAAGAUUUAUUUCUGUUUUCAACGGAUCGCUGUUUGAGGGCUCGCCUCAUCCUCCGUCGGUUAUAUUGAAACUUAUCUAUCACUGGAGUUGUCAGACCAAUGUUUCCAAUGUAGUUAACUGGGUUAAGGUGGACAACCUGUAUGUGAAAGGCCUCUACACCUGGUUGCGAUCGGUUUGCACUGUAGCGCUUAGUCAACAUAUGAAAGUUUUGGGUGGAAUAGGUAAAAAGAUUGAAGUUGGAGUAAUUUCUCUCGGAACAACAACACAGGAUGGCCAACAACGUCAGGUUAAGGUGGAAGUUCUUGGCGUUCUCGAUCCAGAAGCCAAACUUGUGCGGCUGCGUGCUGUAGAACCGUUAAGUGAUGGUGAACGUAACUACAAGAAACGUUUUUCGAAGAUUCUAGAGCCCCUGAGCGGCUGGGUGCAUAAGGACAGUGUUAUUCUGACAGAUCUUACAGUCGAUAAGGGAACGCUGAAUAAUAUGGGAUAUAAGAUUGUCCAGCAGGUGUCACCGUCGGAUUCGACCGCCAAGAACAGUAACGCCAACAUCAUGGACUAUCUGCGGCGUAUUGUACCACGCAUGUUCCAAAAUACGUUGUCGUUGUUGUCGCGGCAAAUCAUUCAGCAGUUCCUGAACGAGCUGGUUUGGCGUGAAUCGUAUGGCAAUUCUCCCGGUCAGACCUUCGAUAACAUUGUGAUGCAUAUCGCCGAGCAGACGAAGAUCGAAACAAAGGACAAUUUAGUGACGCGGCUUAAUAAGUCUGCGGCUGAUCCGUUCAAACAUUGGACCUACCAGGUGGAAACGUUCACCUCACCAAAGCCAACCGGCGCUAAACGGGGACGAAAACCUAAGGAACCAUCUCCCCCGCUGGCCGCUCCGGAGGCCCCGAAAAAAAUUAUCCUGAAAAAGCUUAAGCGUGAAGAGGAGAAAACAGCUGCAUCGGCUAGCGCGGUCAGUACUCCGGCAAAAAAGAUUCGCCCAGCAGUUGAGGAGAAGGAAGAGUUAGUUCCAUUGGAGUCCUAUUAUUACGGCCAGUUGGAACCGUUGGCCGGUAGCGAAACAGUAAAAGAAGGCGCCGAACCGGCUGCGUUCAGUGUAACUUGUCCGGAGUGUCCAACUACCUUCCGCAACAAUGUGGACUUCCAGGAUCAUCUGUUCCGUCACGCCAAUCCAGCGUCUGGGGAUCACAUUCAGUGUCGCUACUGCUUGGAAAACUGGGGCACUGAGGAGGCAUUGAAGAAGCACACUGUUUUAAUCCAUUCUCUGGAAACGAAGAACUCGGUUGCUUCCACGUAUAACUGCUUGAUUUGCGAGCAACGCUUCGGAACCACUCAAAUGCUGACUGCUCAUCUGCAGAAAAACCAUCUGCAGAUGGAACUGCCCUACAAGUGCGCUGGCUGCGACUACAGAAGCUCAUCUCACCAUCUCACGAUUGAUCACUUUUAUAAGAAGCACAACAGCUCCGGGCUGAUUCAGUGUCCGUUCUGUUUGAAAAUGACACUGGUCUGCAACGCCGAUGGACCGAUCGCCGAGAACGUAACUGAUUUCAUGAAGCACAUGAAGGCACACUUCAACAAAACUCUGGCGAAAAAGUGCAGCAAAUGUGCGCUUAACUUUAUCACCCGUGGGGCACUGAAGGUUCAUGGAUUGUUCGCUCACGUGAUUACGAAGCCGUCGCCGAGCAUUAAACCGAUUACGAAGUCGGUGACCAGUAUUCCCAAGCCGAAGCACAAGGCUGUAGUUCAGAAGGAACUAACCACGUUUAAAACACUGGAGCCGUAUGGUGGUGUAACCCUUAACAUGGCUUGUGGCAAAAUUUGUCUUGAAUGCGACAGCGAUUUCGAUGAGGAUAACCAUAUAAUUGGUUUGCUCAAAUGCUUGAAGUGCACCUAUAAAACAGCUUGUCUCCCCUCUAUGGUGAGCCAUACUUCGUCGUGCAACCCGAAUUCCACAGCUGACUAUACCCUUUCUCAACUGGACACAGAGAUGCACUGCAUCUGCGGAUUUUCCUCCUCGGACGGUAACGCAUUGGCUCGCCAUUUAGUUACGUGUGACCGUAAAAGUGUCUAUCCCACGGUGGAAGCCUGCCAGGAGAAUACGGUCAAGCGUAACAUGCUCGACAUGCUUGGUUUGGUUCGUCGUGACGAUGAAGGAAGCGAAGAAGGAACUUCGGAGCAAAGCCCAACCGCCGCUAGUGCUGGUGCUGCUGCUGUCUCAACUGGUGGUAACGAAGGUGAAGCUACGACUGAGCAACAACAACAGCCUGGAUUCUCCGGGAGUAACACUUCAAUUGCAUACGAUCCAUCGCAGUCGCUGUACAAUAUUGCCGGAACGGGGAACGAACAGUUCAAUACGCAGCUCUCGCUGGACGAUUUGGGACCGCCGUCGGUGUUGGCACAGCAGCAGCAGGAAACUGAUAGAACUCCACAGUUGAAGGAUGACUAUCAGUCGCUAGCAACGCCUCGCGUUUCCCAGAUGGAUACAGACCAAGGCGAGUAUGAUCAGCAAGAAGCUGGCUACUAGGAUGUUUGUUAUGGUAAGAAUUUUCAAUAUUACUCAAAUUAUUCUCGACUCAAUUAUAUGCAAUGAUACUAUAACCUAAUAUGUACUAGCGAAUGCUAACGACAGUAAUACUACAGCUUAUGUAGUACGUUUAAAACGCAAUCCUUUAAUUGAAGUAUCGUGUGGCCGCUCGGAAUCUAUUUCGAAUCAGAUUUUAUUUUUACUUUAUUAUAUACUCUACAGAACACAAGGUUUAGGUUCUAUCGGAUUGAUUGAUCAAUAAACUGUAUGCUUCCUAACAUAAGUUGUAAGCUUAUAAA